AUGACUUAUCCGAAAAAAGAACUUCAUGUGGCGUGUAAUUAUUUAUUACGAUUGAUGAAAGCACAUGUUACGUUAACAAAUGAACAAAUAAAUCUUUUUAAAUUUACUUUUCAUGAUAUUUUAUCGAAACGAUUUGUUAACCAUUGGUUUCCAGCAACACCACAUCGCGGUAGUGCAUACCGAUGUCUACAAACGAAACAUUGGAAAGAUCCUAUUCUAAAAUCGAUUGCGGAUCGUUCGCUUUUGCCACUUCAUCGCUAUCUACCAGCCAUAUUCACAAUUUGGAUUGAUCCAGGUGAAGUAGCUGUUUGCUUUGGUGAUGAAGGUACAUGGUGUCCGUUGUAUAAACACGAUAGUGAUGGACAAGUACAUCAAGAAUAUAGCGAUGGAGAAGACACAACUUCAUCAUUAUCAUCCGAUGAUGAUCUACUGAGUUUGACACAAAAUGUGAAAAAAAUAAAUGUAAAUGAUGUGCAAUCAAAACAAACUGUAUAUUCUAAUGAUAGCCGUUCGUUGUCAUCAUCAAGUACUAGUCGUACAUCAAGUCCUUUCUCUAAUACUAUAUCAACGAAUACACAAUCGGUGAAUGAUUGUGAUUAUUUAGGAUCGAAUCUUUAUUCUUGUCAAUCGCAAACAAAUGAUUGGAAUGAACAACAGAAUAGUUUUUGGCCACAGCAAUUGUCCAUGUCAGAUUCAUUGUUAUCCUGUAAUCGAAGAGAAAAUUUUUAG